AUGGAGCGAUUCGCCACCUUGCCAGCCGAGUUACGGCUGCUGGUGUGGGAGUUUGCGCUCCCAGCGCGAGUUGUUGAGAUCGGAGAGCCGUGCGACCCAGAUAUCUUACCAGAGGAAGACCUCAGACAGGCAUGGAUCCUUAACAGGAAGUAUCCAGCCAUGGCUCAUGUCUGUAGGGAAUCCCGCCGAAUUGCUUUGGCCAAAUUCAAGCUCUCCAACGGUGUUACUCUUGCGCCGGAUUGCAUGACCGACAGUCGAUGGUGGUGGAAGUCUACUGAGACUAUUCACUUCAAUGCUCCUGAGAUUAUCACAACCCAGCAAAGAUGCAGACUGGAGGAUGACCUGCUCGACUUGAUGAAAGUUCCUAUUCUGUGUAAAAAGGUCUCUAUCAGUGCGGAUGUCGUCCACCCUUUCUUGCGUUUCCGUAAUAGGUCCGAUAUCCCAAAGUCGUUGGUAUGGGAAGUCCUUUCCUCAAUGGAGACAUGUAUUAUCUCCCUACAUACCGUAUGUAUCCGAGCCACCAACGAGCAAGCUCGGGAGCUGGGCCUCUUUGGCAACGGUGACGAGCCAGCACAGUUGAUCGACCCUUUUGACAAGGCAGCUAUCACGCGAUUCAGACAGCUCUGGAUGGAAACAAAACAGGAGGUAUCUUCAGUCAAAUUCUUCGACACGGUUGACACCGACAGAUUCAUUUUCCGAGUCGAAAGGUGGCUCGCGGAGAUGUCAGCGGAGUACAUCGAUUUCAAAUGGACCAAUCCACCAUUCCCGACUCCAGGACCGCAGAUUAUAACUGAAUCACUUCGCCGGUACCCAGCUCGAAGACACAAUCCGGACACCAAACAAUAUCUCGCGGAAUUCCCCACUCUGGAGCUGAGGAUCAUGUUUCGACUCUGCCCACCUGCGGCGGUCGAUCAUGUGAUUACGUAA